UCCUCCCCUUGCUCCCCCUCGUCGCAGCCUUGCGCUCCCCGCAAGCCUCCUCCUCCUCCUCGGCGGCUCUCUCUUCUCUCUCUACUAAUCCGAUCGGAGGAGCGAAAUUUAGCGAGAAAUCGAGAGGAGCCCCAGACCCUGGCGCGCCAUAUAUAGCCAGGCACAUGCAAUCGGCGAACCCAGUUGCUGCUGGGCUCUAUCCCCCGCGCGCGCACACGCAUUUGCCGCCUCUUUAAUCCCCUCCCCUCUCUCGCUCACGUCUUCCGCUCGCCAAUGGAGUCCUCGCCGGCUGCGGCCAUGGCCCCGCCGCCGCCCGCGCCGUCGUCGCGGGCGAGGGACCCCCUCCUCUUCGGCAGCUUCGACCUCCCCGCCGGCUGGGGGUGCCGCAAGCCCAUGGGCUUCUGCCGGGACAUUGGCGCCCCCGCCGCGCCCGAGCCCAACGCAACCGCCACCGCGGCCGAGAAUAACGGCUCCCGAUCGCCGGCGAAAGGAGCCCCGGCGGCGCAGCACGCGCCCGCGCCGGAGGAGCCCCGGGAAGCUCCCCGGAGGCAGUGGAACCUGCGGGAGCGGACGUCCUGGCGGGAUUACAGAGCGGAGGACGCGCGGCAGCCCAAGAAGCUCGGGAGCGCGGACGCCGGCGGCCAGAAUAGCCGCGGGUUCUCGGUGGCCCUGACGCGGCAGGAGAUCGAGGCGGACUUCCUCGCGAUCACCGGCCGGAAGCCGCCGCGCCGGCCGAAGAAGCGGACCAAGAGCGUCCAGCGCCAAAUCGAGACGCUUUGCCCCGGGAGUUCGCUGAUGGAGAUGACCCGCGACCGCUACAAGGUGAACGAGAAAGGGGGGUUCUGAGUUGCACAAGCGCAAGGGGGGAGGAGGAGAUGGAUUUCCAACCGAGGAGCUUGAUCGAGCAAUGGCGGGCUCAUCAGAGUUGCUAAGAGAGAUUUAUUUAGGGUUAAUUGCCUCAGUUUGUCGGUAGUUAUGCAAUUGAUCAUGCACUAUGCCAAACCCUAACAGUAUGUGUGUUGGUUGGGUUCUCUCUCUUAAACUGAUUGGGGGGUUUACUUAUGGGUAUCCAUCAAGCCUGAUUCUCCCGUUCUUUGGCCAAAGCACGGACGCCCAUUCUGCAGGAGAAGAAUCACAAAUCUCCGAUUGCUGUCAGCGAGAGAUGCAGUUGCAGAUUCUUCGUUCAUCUGCCAUCACUCCUGGGUGCCAUGUAAUCUUGGGCAUUGAUUCCAGCCCAGUACCUUUCUUCGCCGCUUCUUGAUUUCCACCGUGCAGUUCAGUUCAUAGCAGCACCUACUCUGUCCACCAAGCCAGUUCCCCGCCUGAUCUUGCCACACAGAAAACCUCAUCAAUCAUUUUCCUCGAAAGACAGGCACAGGAACAUAAUACUCCUAUCUCCUCCCCUUUUCUUGCAAGAGUCCUGUCACUUACGCGGUUUGCUUGACAUUGAUCCAUCUAUGCUUGAAGAUAAAAGAGGAACUGUAUGCUGACCAAGUACUGUCUGUUAUUCGGGAUGAUCAGAAAAUUCCAUCCAGACGCAUUUGACUCGACGAGUGGUUCAUCAGAAUCGCGUGCUGGGACUCGAGUUCAGUAGGCGCUCACGAAGAUUGGGAAAACGAAAAGCAGUUUCCAAGGAAGGGGAGAGGGGACGGAGAGAAGUGUGUGACGCUGGAGCACCAUGAUUUCCCAAUCAUUAAUCCGGUGUACUGGGAUGUUUGUUCCGUCAGCGGCCUCUGAUGAAAGCGACCCCUUAAACAAAGACAAUGAGAAUGAGAGUGAUCCUGCUGGAGUACAAUCUUUUCACCAUCCUAAAGAAAUAGUAUUCCACUUUCUACAUUUUUUAA